AUGUUCGACCCACUUCCUCACGACCCUCUUGCAAGCAUCGACUCUAUCGCAGAACGUCUAGUCGACAUGUCCGGCGCAGGCGCAGACUUUGACGACCCCCUUGCGCAACACUGCACGCCAGCAGCUCAGACCCAUUCGAUGGACAGCCCCAAGCUGCUGGGCAGGAGAGACCCCUUCCUCGCACCACUUCCCCUCAUACCAUCCCUAUCAGCAUCACAGCCUCCCUCCCGCCCCCCUUCCCAGCCACCUCACACGGCCCAGCAUCCACCAGCCUACCUCCUCGUCCUAGCUGGGUACGGCGUUCGCCACAUUAUCGCGCACGACGCGCCCGCCAGUGGACGCGAGUACAUUGCGUCAAUCCUCAGCUCGGGCGACAGUGUCGUUGGUGAGGAGGCGCUAGCGUGUGAACGGCCGGAGAGUGCGACCCGUGCCGUCGCCGCCAACCCAGCUCGGUACGGUGCGACAGAGUCUCUUCCCUCGGCCAUGGCGCUCGCCCAUGCGCACUGCCUUUUGUACGAUCUGUUCGCCGCCGAUGCUCGUCUCGCACCCGACUCGACGUAUGCCGGUCUCGUCUCCCGCUUCGUGGCUGCUGUGACUCAAUGGCCCGCUGUGGCUUCUCUCCUUGCCAACCCGGAUCCCAUGGUGCAGGACAUGCUCGGUCUGUCACGUUUCGUUCCUCUUUCUGGCUUCUCCGUCGGCCUGCGCGCCACCGCUCUGGAGGUUACGACGUCCCCAAGCCCCACCGAAGCCCCCUGUCCGCUUAGCGGCUUGACUCUGAUCCCUUCCCUGGUGGACAAUAACAUUGUCUGGUCGACAACUCAGCGCUCUCUCGUGGAUGGAUGGUUCCCCUGGCUCUUUGUCGAAGCCGGUGGGCUCAACACCGACAAUGCUGCAACCCAUGUUCGUCUCCUCAGCUCAAUGCGGUUUGGCAUUGGCAUGUACAACCGCCUUCACGCUCAGGCAGACUUCGCCGCCAUGUCACAGUUCCCUCGCGACAACAGCACGAGGGUUGUUUUUGGUCUCCGAACCUGCGGCGUCAUGUGGACGUUGUACGCUAUGUGGGAUGAGGAUGGUUUGUUUCCUGUCAAUGCCAUCUGGAGUGGCUGCGUCGAGAACCCAAAGGCCAUGUCCCAAAUCGCUGCCAUCCUCCGCCACAUUGGCACGCAAGCCAAGACCCGCCUGGGAGCCGUCCGCACCUGGAUCUCCACCGUCUGCAACGGGCACGCCGCCGUGACUGAGCAAUCGUUGCUUGCCCUCUCACAGGCGACCGUGUCUGUCACCAAGUCGGCAAGCUCCAAGUCGUCGAGCCAGCCGUCGCCAGACAGCUCGGCCCAGUCUGCUGCCGAGUCACCCCCUAUUGACUGGAAACCCCGCGCCUCCGCGACACCUUUUACACCUUUCAAGCCGUCCCAGCCUGGUGGUUCGGCUCGCGCGCAGUAUUCAACGCCAGGUCCCACCGACCGCGGCCCGUCGUCUACUUCCAAGUCUGCCUCUCCCUCAAAGACGACUCGCCAAGUCAAGCCUGCGCCGUCCGCCUCGACCAGGCCCAAGCCUCCCCCUCCCCCUCCAGGCUUCGGACAUCAGCCAGGCAGGCCAUGGGCAGCCCCCGAGCCCACGAUGCCGUGGCGCGCGGACCCAUGGGGACCUCCCCCACCUCCUCCCGGUUUCGGUCCUCCCAACCCGCCCAUGCCCUUCCAGCCGUUCUUUAGCUAUGCCGACCACUACAACUUUUCUUGGCCUGCACUCAGCCCCUCUGCCACUGCCACAGGCAGCACCAAUACGGGUAAUGGAAGUGCGGCCACCAACACCCGCCGUUCGCCAGUCCCACCGCCCCAGCCUGGAGGCGACUGGUCCACCGCCCCGGCGUUCUGGCAGGCGCCGCCCACCGGUGUGUCGAUAACCUAUGAGCGCGGCAGGUCGCGCACGCGUUCCAAACGCUUGGCAUAG